GGUCCUUGUGAAGUACGUAACAAAUUGCGUUCUUCAGCUCCGUCGCCAUAGUGACGAGCUCGUGUGAUUGAACUGAGCUUAAUCGGUGAGUUGAUACAGCCGGCUGGUGACAGAGGAGACCUGACAAUGACAGAGACCGAUACCCCAAAAUCAGCAAAGAAGCCCCGUUUGACCUCUCUGGAAAUCAGCCUCAUUGCUAUCGUCUCUUUGUUUGUCAUUGUCAUUGUAGUCCUCCUCAUCUUGUUUGCCACUCAGUCAAAUGAAAUCUGCACCACAGCUGACUGCACGCAGUCAGCGUCUCGCCUCAUUGGGAAGAUGGAUGCUAGCGUGGAUCCUUGUGACAACUUCUAUCAAUAUUCCUGUGGAGGAUGGCUGAAAAAGAACAUCAUCCCAGAGACCCACGCCAAAUAUGGCUUGUACAACAUCUUAAAAGCCGAGUUGGAAGUCGUCCUCAAAGGUGACAGUGUCCUUGAAAAGAAGGUGGAGAGGGAGGCUGCUGCUCUCACCAAGGCAAAGACACUUUACAAGUCCUGCACAAACGAGAGAUUAAUUGAGCAGAAAGGAGGGGCUCCUUUGCUCGACAUGCUGCCAGACAUCUUUGAGUGGCCCAUGGCUGUGGACAACUGGGAGGAUGACUAUGGGAAAACCUGGAGGUUAGAGGAUGUCAUUGCCAGGUUAAAUUGGAAAUAUGCAACACAAGUCCUGGUUUACUUUUUCGUUUACAUUGAUGACGGAGACUCCACUUCACACAUCAUUUAUUUUGACCAGCAAAUGUCCUUUGGCCUCUUGUCCAGAGACUACUACACCUGCAAGGGUCGCUUUGCAGAGGCAUGUCGAGCUUAUGAGAAGUUCAUGUUUGACCUGGCAAAGUUGAUCCGCACUGACCGGGGACUGAAAAUCAGCGAAACAGACAUAAAAGCAGAGGUGACACGAGUUGUGGAUUUGGAGAGAGACAUCGUCAGUGCCACUGACCCACUGCUGCUUCAGAGUGAUCAAGUGUUGCUUUACAACAAGAUGGAAUUGAGGGAGCUGAACAGAAACUUCACUCUUGAAAUUGACUCUCAGAAAUUCAACUGGAGUUACUUCACAGCUAAGAUAAUGGACACCGUGAACAUCAAGGUUCCUGAAUCGGAGAAAAUCAUCAACAACUACCCCAGCUAUUUCGUAAAACUCAAAGGUGUAUUAGCCAAAUACACCAAGAGGGAUCUGCAAAACUAUGUGGUUUGGCGGUUUGUUAUGAAAAUGGUAGAGGGGCUCAGCCGACCUUACAGAAACACCAGGAACGCUUUCCACAAGGUUCUGACCGGUAAAACAUCAGAGAAGGCCGUGUGGCGACGGUGCGCACUGUACGUCAACAGCAACCUGGACAAAGCUGUGGGACGGCUCUACGUGCAGGAGGCUUUCUCUGAGAACAGCAAAGAGCUGAUGGAGGAGAUGAUUAAAGAUAUUCGGGAAGUUUUCAUUAGUAACCUUAAUGACCUCGCCUGGAUGGAUGAAGAGACCAAAAGAGCAGCGGAAGAGAAGGCCCAAGCUAUCCGUGAACGCAUUGGUUAUUCUGACGACAUCAUGAAUGACGAAUAUCUAAACAAUGAGUACAAAGAUCUGAGCUACAGUGCAGAGGAGUAUUUUAAAAACAUCCUGCAGAACCUGGAGUACGGGACCAAGAAAUACCUGCAGAAAUUGCGAGAAAAAGUCAACAAGGAUGAGUGGGUAACUGGAGCUGCUGUUGUCAACGCCUUCUACUCAGCCAGCAAAAACCAAAUAGUGUUUCCUGCUGGUAUCCUUCAACCCCCUUUCUUUAGCAAAGGCCAGCCUAAAUCUCUCAACUACGGUGGAAUUGGCAUGGUAAUCGGUCAUGAGAUUACACAUGGCUUUGAUGACAAAGGUAGCAAGUAUGACAAGGACGGCAAUCUGAAGAACUGGUGGACUCCUCAAUCUUUUAGAAAAUUCCUGGAACUCUCAAGGUGUUUCGCUAACCAGUACAGCAAGUUUUCCUGGGACCUGGCUAAUGGUCUACAUUUGAACGGCAACAACACCCUCAGUGAGAACAUAGCUGACAAUGCAGGGAUUCGACAGGCGUACCAGGCAUACAAGAAAUUUGUGAAGAGGAAUGGAGAGGAGCCCCGGCUGCCUGGGACUGACCUCUCACAUGAUCAACUCUUCUUUCUUAACUUUGCACAGAUUUGGUGUGGAUCAUAUCGACCACAGCAAGCUCUUAUUUCCAUUAAAAUGGAUAUACACAGUCCAGUGAUGUUCAGAGUACUGGGCUCCCUUCAGAACUUCCCAGAGUUUGCCAAAGCAUUCAACUGCAACAAAAGCAGCAACAUGGUCUCUGACAACAUUUGUCAUGUUUGGUGACCUAAAGUCGGUAUAAUACCUCUGUC